AAAAGACCAAGAAUAGACGGAGAAUUUCUUAAGUGAACUAAGCAACAGACUCCGCCAUCAUGGAGUUCAGGUCGCGUGAUUACACUGCUGAACGUGAACUUCACUUGCUCUCCCGCUCACGCGCCGAUCACCAUCCUCUCUCAGUUCCAUCUCCUUCAUCUUCACAGAAUAAGCAGAUUGUUGCUGUUUCUGUUGCAAACGAUGAACAUAACAAUGAUAACAUUAAUAACGAUUUCUUUGAUCCGUUAAGAGGCGGCGGCGGAGGAGAUGUUAAUGCAACGAUUUCUAAUGAGAAUGUAAUAAUGGAUAGUGAUGAUUAUGAUGUUAAUCUCUCUAAUGAAGCUAAUGCUCGAACAAAUUCAUCGAAAGAAUGGAAUUCUUUUAAGAGAUUUUUAAUGCAGAAGUUUCCUGUUUCCAAAAUGAUUUCUGUUGCUUAUAUGCCUGAUGUGAUCACAAAAAGUAGCAAAGAACUUAACAAAUCUUCAAAAAUCACACAUUUAGCGGAACUGGAUGAUUCAGAAAAAGAACAUGAAGAAAAUGACAAGGUCAUCACUCGGCAAGAGUACAUCUCGCGAUUAAACGAGCUCAAAGAUGAGAUCAUGCGUGCUUGGCAUGCUGAAGAUCGUGUAACGGCUUUGAAGUUGUCGAUAAAGGUUGCUAAGCUUCUGAUGGAUACAUCAGUUCUACAGUUUUAUCCUACUUUAUUUGUUCUUGCUACAGAUGUGAUGGACAUGCUUGGAGAUAUGGUAUGGAAACGAAUCAGUCAGAAAGUUGAAUUUGCUGAAAAUGGAACCUUCCUUUGUACAUUACCAGAGAAUUUUAAAGCAAAUGAUAUUUGCUCUGAUGCUAAGGAAACAUGCAAUAACUGGUUUUGCAAAGUGGGUUCAAUCCGAGAGCUUCUUCCACGCAUAUAUUUGGAGCUGGCCUUACUGCCUUGCUGGCGUUUUCUGCUUGACCAACCUCAAGACAAUCUCCAGCGCAUGGUUAUGAUGAUCAGAGGAUUAGCAGAUCCGCUGGCAUCUGCCUAUUGUCGUCUGUAUAUGACCCACUGUGCAAGGAAGUUGCCAGGAUCUGAUAAGGGCUACCUUCUUACAUGUGUUAAUGACAUCAAAAUUGUACUGGGCCAUCUUUUAUCAACAAAGGGAAAUGCAGAUGGAAAUUUUGCAGGGAAAACAAGGUUGCUUGUCAAUCUGAUCGAGCCAACUAUUGAAUAUGUUAUGAAAUGCAUAUUUGACAACGCAUCUAAGAGGCAAGUUGACUCUGUAAUUCUGGAGCUUGGACUAGGAAGGAAUCAAGCAAGUUUAUCUGGGAGUUCCCCAUGUGUCUCAAUCGUUCUUCACAAUCUACUGAAAGAACUUCCAACUGAAGUAGUCAGCUCCAAUGCUGUCGAUAUGCUGCAUCUGAUAAAAUCUAGUGAUGACUAUUCGUUUGAUCAGUGUUUGAAUUUGAGGUUACUUGGAUUUAGAUUAGCUGAAAGCGGAUCUCAAAUGGACGUCAUAAGCUCAGUAAUGGAUGAAGUUAUUCAGGUCAUCAAUCAAUAUGGUAAACUUGGUGAUUAUAUGAAGGUAGUGGAUGCUUACAUGGACAUUGUUCUUCAAAAUCAAAUGGAUACUUGUUUGAACGCCCUUUUGGAAGGUCUUUAUACACGAGCAUGCAGUAAAGAGGUUGUUGAAGAUGAACAGGGAAGCUUGCAGUCCAUUAUGCUGAAGCUUCUUGCUCACUUCAAGGACUUAGAUGACAUACUUGUUUUGAAAUAUUUUAUUGAAAUCUUGGAUGCAAUGUGCGGGAGAUCACGAAGUGUCAUCAAUAUGCAUAUUCUCAAUAUGGCAACAAGGAAAGGUCGUAUACAUGAUCCAUCAACCAUACAGUUACUUUUUGAAAUUUCUCAGUCACUGCAUGAUGGUAUAGAUUUUGCAAAUAUGAAGGAUGAUGAAAAUCAACAACCAGCACACCUGAUUUCUCGUUUUGUCCAGAUCGUUGACUAUGGGGCAGAGAUGGAACAGCAUUUAACAUUCUUAGCCGAAUGCCGUGGAGCUUUUGGUAACAUCAAUGAACUUAAGGAAACUCUUGUUCACUCGAGCAAUUAUUUGGCCACUAGAGCUUUGAAAUAUGAAAAGAAGUAUCUCACUUUUGUCAAAUCGUGCAUAGCUUUUAGUGAGGUUACUAUACCUUCUAUUGCAGCUCAAGUCAGCCAGUUAAAUCUUUAUCUUGAGACAGCUGAGGUUGCAUUGUUGAGUGGGUUAAUUUCUCAUUCAGAUGUGUUGAUUAUCUCUGCAUUAAGCUGCUUAGAAAAUGCAGAUGUCACAGGUACCCAAACACCAAUUGAUGCUGAGGGAAUACUCUCCUCGAUUCGGAAAUUAUGCAGUCUCUUGGUUAUGGUUCCAGGUAAUUCUUCCGAAGGUGUUACAAAAAUCCCAAGUAGCAUUGUCUCCCUCAUAUUUUCCAGAUCAUGGAUGACAGAGAGAAUGAAGACAAGGAUAUUUUGUGCAAUAAUUUUAUUGUUGGCAACACUUUCUCAGAACAACUUUCCAUAUCAUGCAUGUAAUCCAGAGAUUGUGGGCAAUGACUUGUUAUACUUCGGUGACUUGUCCUAUGUCCAAGAACUUGUUACUAUGUCUGAGCAAGUUCUCCAGAACCUAGUUAAUCUCAUAGAGCAAGAGCCUUUAAAGGCUGCUCGGGGGAGCAUGGCGCUUGAAGCAUGCAACUGCAUAGCACUAUCCUUCAAAGGAAGCAAUGAUAUAUUGCAAGUUUGCUGGAAACUGAUUGAAACUGCCAAGCUUUGUUUGAGUGCAAAUGACAAGUAUCUGCAGUCUACCAUCAAAUAUUUAGACGAACGGCUGCCUAGUACUAAAACAAUGCCAUUCGCGGUGGUCUGAACACGUUAAAUGGAUAAAUUUUAGGAAGUAUACAUGUGUAUUCUCAGAUUCUGUGUCUAUGAAUGAGCAAGAAAAUAAAAAACAGCCUGCUUUGUAAUUUAUGGAAACACGUUUCCAGCAGUGGAACCAUAAUAUACAGGAGGGAGAGGAAAA